AUGUCAGUAAUUUGUAUUUUCCUGCUCUUUGUCAGCCUCGUUGUGGGUGAACAAUUGGACGAACCAUCACGUAUAAAUGGCGGUCAAUCGGUGAAUGAAACGGUUCCCUAUCAGGUUUCCAUGCAAAUCUUUCGUCGUGGGCGUUGGCAACAUUUCUGCGGCGGCUCCAUAGUCAGUUCCCAGCAUGUCCUUACGGCUGCCCAUUGUGUGGAGAAAAUGAGGGUGGAGGACAUCAGUGUUGUAACUGGCACGCUGAAUUGGAAAACGGGUGGACUACGCCACAAGGUGGUGGGCAAGCAUGUUCAUCCGCAGUACUCGAUGAGUCCGCGCAUCAUCAAUGACAUUGCCUUGGUAAAGGUUACCCCAGCAUUUCGUCUGCAUCGCGGAGAUAUUGGCACCAUACAUUUGGGUAACAGCGAUCGCAUAGGCGAGAAGGUACCAGUUCGUCUAACUGGUUGGGGCUCAACAACAUCGACUAGUGCUUCGGCUGUCCUGCCAGAUCGUUUGCAGGUCCUCAACUAUCGCACCAUCUCGAAUGAGGAUUGCAAGCAAAAAGGAUUUCGUGUUACGGGUAAUGAGAUUUGUGCCUUGGCCGUGCACGGUAAAGGAGCUUGUAUGGGCGAUUCUGGUGGCCCAUUGAUAAAACCAGGUCUUCAACCUCAAUUGGUGGGCAUUGUAUCCUAUGGAAGUGCCACCUGUGCCCAAGGUCAUCCAGAUGUUUAUACGCGUGUCUCCAGUUUUUUGCCCUACAUCAGCAAAGUUAUCAAUCAGGACUUGCCCUAAUAAAUAUCCCACUGACAUCGUAUA